UUUCUGUUAUUGUCAUCCUGUACAGUUGAUAAACUCAACACUUGCGUCUCGCUCACUCACUGCGUUAUUUGUCAAACCUUCAGACCACAACCACCCUACCAGUCCACUGCUGGCUAAACCUCCCGAACUGUCCGAAGAAGCCAAUUUAUCUGCCUCCCUGAAGUUUGUAGCCGCCAAUACUGUGGGUGACGGUUACAGCAGUUCAGACUCUUUCACCUCAGACCAGGAGCCAAUCACAAGACAAAGGUCGCAGUCGGGUACGUCUCCAGAGGCUCUGAAGGUGGUAGCCCCGCCUCCCCCUCCACCCCCCCCCCCCCCUCUCACUCUCGCUCCUCGUCUCUCGACAUGAACCGCACCUUCGCUGCCACAUCUGCACCCGGACAACCACAACCGUCUACGAUAGCUUACCCGCCUGCUGUGCCACCUCGACCGCUGCCCACACAGACAUCAGUACCACAUACCGGCCAUCGCAUAGAGGCAGAGGGUGCGCCUGGAGGCGGGGUGGUGCUCACCAGCACCUCCCCCCAACAGAUUCCCCAGCAGCCCAAUUUUGCAGACUUCAGUCAGUUUCAGGCCUUCGCUGCGUCUGAACAGCCUUCCAGCCUCCCGGAGGUCGAUAUGCACAGUGAGCCUGGACAGGCGGAGAAGUCAUCUGAGGGAGCCGGCCCUUUAAGAACAGUGAAGAGUGAAGGCCAGGCAGAUGAGAGAGUCUCAGCUACUGUCAACUCUGUCAAGGGUUCGUCUGGUCCUCUAGCCCCUCCCCCAAAACCUGUGCGCCGAAGGUUGAAGUCGGAAGACGAGCUUCGACCGGAGGACGAACAACACGGUCCGCAGAAAUCAAACGUCAUAGCCGCCGUCCUGGCCACUCAGCCCUCCAUCCCCAGGUCAGUGGGAAAGGACAAAAAGGCGAUUCAAGCUUCAAUCAGAAGAAACAAGGAGACGAACACAGUGUUGGCACGACUUAACAGUGAAUUACAGCAGCAGCUGAAGGACCUGCUUGAAGAGAGGAUAUCCUUGGAAGUCCAGCUGGAGCAGCUCAGGCCUUUCUCUCAUCUUUAACCAACGUGAAGAGGGAAACUCUGCUGUAGUUCAUCCGAAGCAAGGCUCCCUCCCUCUCUUCCUUCCACCAUCUCAGCUUUCCCUGGAAGCUCCGACGUGCUCCAGGGUGCUCCGUUAAAACUCUUACGCUCAAUCAAUCACACACUUAUUAAUCAUAAACCGGAAGGACCUGAGGGCGCGGUCUUACCAAGAGGAGGAGUUGAAAGGAGCGUUGGGGGGGGGGGGAUUUACAAACUGGCACUUUUUAAUUUUCUCUAGGGAGAUGAACAUGAGGGCGACAGUGGACUGAGAAACAGUUAGGCGUGGUGGACAAGACGCUCCAACUGUCAGAGUGGUCUGAAGACAAAGUGCUGAUGUCUUUACUCUCUGACUGAAGAAGAAAGGUGGAGUGUGUUUGUCAUGUGCGUGUGACUCUUCGUGUAAUUGUGUCCCUGUUUAGUGACUUACUUGAGGCUACCACCAGUAUGUUCAUUCUCUCUUAGGGCACAGACUGCCACACCAAACUUCUAUUAAAAAGUAGGCAAAUUUAAAGAAGCAGUUCAGUUAAGUGUGUUAGGAAAUACAAUUCUUCACUUUGUUUCUUAGAGUUAGAUGAGAAUAUAUCAAAUCAAUCUCAUGUGGGUUCAGUACAGAGAUGGAGUUUGCGAGUAGCUUAGCAUAAAGACUAGAAGCAGGGGGAAACUCUCUGUCCAAUGUCCAGAAAUUGCAACUACCAGUGCCUCUAAAAUUAACCAAUUGACAUGUGUUGAUAUAUCUCAUUACUACAAAAACAGAAAGGUAAAAACAACACUAAGGGGAGUUAUAUGCUGAAACAACUUAGUCUAACUCUCUGAAAGAAAGCGCUUAAAUGUAUUUCCCAAAAUGUCAGAGUAUUCCUUAAAUUGUCUUCUCACUUGUUGGUGUUCCUACUUUUCUACUACCGUGAAUACCUGUUCAAAACUAGAUAACAAUUAUGAAAAUGUCUGUUUUAAAUAUCAAAGAGAGUCUGUCUACUGAACAUUUGCCUCCCAAAUGUCAGCAUUUAACAACAGUCUGUCACAGAGCGAUGCCAUAGCACACAUUAGAGGCUUUGAAAACAUGAAAAGGUCUACAGGAAUCUACAUAUGCUAGUAAGAAAGUAACUGGAGUUUGGUGUGGUGGUCACUCUUCUGAAAAAGAUAUUGUGUGUAUGUUUUGUGUGAGGCCUUUAAUGGCUAAAUUACCAUGGUGAAGGCUUUUUUGACUCAUCCUGUGACAUGAAUUCAGCGCACCUCCCUCUUCUCACUGCCCCUUGAAGAGUGUGUGUGUGUGUGUGUGUGGUUGAAUGCACGAUGCAGUGAACGAAUAACUGCUCUGUCAUCUUUUUUUUUUCUUUCUUAGUUACAAAGUGUUUGGGGUUUGAUGUGACUGAAUGGUUCAACCUUAUGCCAAAUGAUUGAACAAUCACUCUCUGCUCUCUCACCUCUACUUGGGCUGUGUUUUAUAAACAAAAACAAAAUGCGAGCUCUUUUCCCUUCUCUCGGCUAGCAGUGCUUCAACAUUUCAACCUUUCCUUUAAACCUUCUUGGUUGCUGUGUUUAUUUCCAGACUUUAACUUCACCUGGAUGAGAAAGCAUUAUUCAAAACGGACAUUUCACUUGAAGGGGUUGAAGAUAUUCCAGCUGCUUGACUGCUGGAGGCAGCAGCGUUCAUGAAGAAAUGUGUUGCUGACCAGGAGAGAAGGUUUCCUGUGAUUUUCCCGGUCUGCAAACGCGUGCACAGAUCCAAACUGAUGGUGCAGAGAGUUGAUAUUGACUUUAAAAAAAAAAAUUCAGCUGUUUUCCAAUCGGGCAGUCGGCACUAUGCAAGUAUGGGCGAUACAUCUUCACAGACCAACUAUACUUAGCUGUUUGUACUAUGAUAGUAGCAACUGUGUGAACAGUGUACUCUGGUUUUUGUAUCUUAGAUCUUCCAAAACACCAUCUACUGUAUGUUUCUGAUUCAUUUAGCCUUUUUUUUUUUUUUUUUGAUCUUGGUACUGACGAGCAGUCCGCUUCCUCCGCUCUCCCGCUCCAGAGGGAAGUAAACUCCAGAUCAGCGUUUUAUCAGGGCACUGUCACUCUAAUUUGCAAGAUACGACCCUUUGCUGGUUGUAGAUGAAGCUUAACAGGAUUACAGACAGAGAGCAGUCAACAAAAUGGGAGACCUGAAUGACCCAACUGCACUUUGAACAUAACCUCCUCCUCACCACCAAUUUCCUUUGUGUUUUUUAUUACGCCCCUCUUUGCUUUCUUUUAACCUGCAUGUUGUUCUUCUCUUUCAUAUGUAUUUAAAAAAAAAAAAAACGAUUUAUGAAGAAAGAAAAAUGAACCACUUGAGUUUUAUUUCUUCAGCACAACCUGGAAACUGUAAGGUUUUUGUGCCAGUACCCUAAAGUACUCUGUCUUGUUUGGUUAAUUCUUAUGUGUUUUAUCCCUGGAGCUUCCUGUGUGUUCGAGAAGAAUCUCAUCGUCUUCUAUAGCCUUACUCCCCGACUGGCGUUCAGGUUUCCGUUGUGGCUGACUGACCUCUCUUCCUUGUUGUAUCAAGGCUCGCCUUCUUUGUUCUGCUGUUGAGGACUAUGAUGUACUUGGUCUGUGUGUGUGUGAGUGUGUUGUAUUGUUUCCAGACCUGGAACUAAUACCAUUUAAAACCCUAUUAAAAACCUUCAUGUGGGAUUGAUUUGUUUGUUAGCACAACAGCUCCCCUCCAUCCCUAAACCUAAAAAGGCAAUCCAGGCAGGCGAAGCAAUCUGUUGUUAACAAAGUCGUUGAUGGGAUUUUUAAUGCUAUUUGCUCCCAGAUCUGUGUUGUAUAUUGUAUAUGAUACACUCUUUUGGACUCAUAUGUAAAUUUGCAUUAAUUGCUGACUAACAGCGAAAGAAUAUUCUAUUUAAUUCCUUCUCUCUUGGCUGUGGGAUCUUAGAUGUUUAACUGCAUGGAUGUACUGUAUCUCUGCAGAGUCAACUAGCAGCUGUGUGAUUUUUACACAAAAAUAAAAACGGCACAAUAUUUUAAA